GGGCUACAUACCUUUGAAGCAGUAUUGUUGACCAUGUCUUGGUCUUCAGGGGAUUCCUAUGUUCAGAGAUCCCAUAUUAGCUAUGGAGGGGCCUUGAAGAGUUUAGACUUCAGCCAAAUUUUGCAACCAAGAAUUCUGUUGCAGAAAUGAAUGCGGACUAAAGUAUAAAAGUUAGGGAUUGGAGAAGGAUCAUUCACCAGAAAAAUAUGGCCACAGAUCCAAGAAGAUCAGUUCGAAACCUAGCUGAAACAAUUCAUUCCCUACUAGGAGUAAAGGCACAUGUAACUUCCACCUGGGUAAAAUCAGUUUGUGAUAUAAUAAAGAACUUACCAUCUGAAGUAUCAUCCAAAAGAUCCACGCCAGAAGAUUCGAAGAGAGGUCUCUUGUAUAACCAUGGUGUCGAUCCAGACCCUGACAUUUCAAAAAUAAGAGAUGAACUUGCUGCGUUGACUUCCCACAUAAAUCAAUUAAAUAUACAAAGAAGGCAGGUCCUCAAUGAAUUUCUGGAUUUGAAAGGAAAUAUUCGUGUAUUUUGUCGUAUAAGACCCAUGGGAACGAUGGAGAACUUUGAAGAUUCAAGACUUGCCUUCGCUUCGGAUUCAAAUAAGGUUAUCCUGAAACUUGCCAGUAACAAGAGUAAAAGUUACAGUUUUGACAAGGUUUUCCACCCUGGUUCAUCACAAGAUGAAGUAUUUUCAGAAGUUGAACCAGUCAUCAAAUCAGUCCUGGAUGGCUACAAUGCAUGUAUAUUUGCAUAUGGGCAGACAGGCACAGGAAAAACUUUUACAAUGGAAGGGACCUCAGAUUCUCGAGGGGUGGUCCCCCGCACAAUUAAGGCACUCUUUGAGCAAGCAGCAGAUAGCAAUCAUGCAUUUUUCAUUAGUUUCAGUAUGGUUGAGAUUUACCUGGGAAAUCUGAAAGACUUGCUUGUUUCUCAGCCAACUAAACCAACUGAUCCUAUGCCACCAUGCCUUUCAAUACGAACAGAUCCAAAGAGAGGGAUUGAGAUCGACAACCUUGUGUCUAUCCAAGUGAAUGACUUCAACCAAGCCCUGAGGCUGUAUAGAUUAGGAUGUCGGUACAGAUCAACUGCCUCCACAUAUUCUAACAUAACUUCAAGCAGAUCACAUUGCAUGAUUCGAUUAUCAAUCACUUGCUUUGAUGCUCCUGAGAGACAAAGGGAAACAACUAAGAUUUGGUUAGUUGACCUCGGGGGGAGUGAGCGUGUGCUGAAGACAAAGGCAUCAGGAAGAAGAUUAGAUGAAGGAAAAGCCAUCAACAUGUCACUUUCUGCUCUUGGAGAUGUUAUUAAUGCCCUUCAAAGAAAAAAGCGCCAUGUACCUUACAGGAAUAGCAAGCUGACACAAGUUCUUAAAGAUUCUCUAGGUGAGGAUUCGAAGACUCUAAUGCUUGUCCAUGUCAGCCCCAAAGAAGAAGAUUUGUGUGAGACUCUCUGUUCUUUGAACUUUGCAACAAGGGCAAAAAGUAUUCACCUAGGGAAUGAGGAUUCCACUGAAGUACGAGAGGAGAAGCAGGUUGCAAUGGUGAAUCUGCAGCAAAGGAUGAAGAAGAUUGAAGAUGAGCGCCUAUUCGCCAUAAGAGACAUUACAAAGUUAAACGAGAAAUUAGAAAAUCUAUCCAGGACAACUUUAUCUUCUGAAGAACUGCAGGCUUCUUAUUUAUUGAUGGAAGAGGCACAGCUGAACCAUAAAGUUACCAUAAACAAUAUUGGAGCAGCUGCAACAGCUCCCUCAUCAGGGAUACCGAGAUUUAUGAGGCCAACUGUGUCAAGCAGAAGAAAAACUGGGCUAGAUCACCGAACUUCAGAAGGUAGAAUCCAAUUCAAUACAAAACGAAGAAAGCCACCUUCUCAUCACGCUGAGUCAGUUAAUUUUCCAGUGAAGAAUAAUUCAGUAUGCAACACAGAGCACAGUAUAUCAAGAAAUAGCUGUUUCGAGGGACUGAACACGAAAAGCAUUGCAGAUAAUGAAACUGAAUACAGCCAAGAUACCUCCGAAUAUGAUGUUAAAAUGGGUUUCUUUCAAGAACAGGAAAAGGAGCCAGGGACUUCGUGUCAAAGUGUUCAUCCCAUAGAGUUUGAGAAGCAUGGGAAUGGUAACACAGAAAAGCUUAGUUCCAUAAAAUUUUCGAAGGUUGAUACUUGGCUUCGUCUACACAAGAAUGAACCUCGUAUCAAUGGUGACACUCACACGAGUAAAAGGGUUUUAGCUAUUCCUCUCCCAGGGAACAAACUUGCAAGUGAGGAAAGGAGUAAAGUAGUGAUACUACGAGAUGAGAAAAGGCAUGGAUUAACAAAACAGAGAAUUCCCAGAGCCGAUAAAUCAGGAAAACUGCUUGAUAUGAGGGAAACCGAAAGGCCCAUUUCAGAAGUGGUGAUUGACAAACCAAUGAAGAUGUUGAAGGAUUUAUUCGACGAGGAAUUGAGAUCUGACUACAUCAAUCUCCCUCAUAAUCCUUAUGGGCAGAUAAUGAUUCAGAAAGAAGAUUUGGUUGAUGGCUCAUCCAUGGAGGACAACGAAGGUUGGACAUUUUUGAAUCAUGAUGUAUGCUAUAGUAGAAUCAAUCACUAUAACGAGGAGAAUGGGGUAACAGCAAUGUCUCUGAUGCAGGAAGAAAAGGAUGUAACACAAUGGUCAGGGACUUAUGUACUAAAGAAUACCGACUGCUGUGAGUUUUCUCUAGUUGAUGCUGACAGUAAUGUCACUGACUUGAGUGGAGAUGGUGAACUGUCCAUGUCAGAACUGGAGUACUGCCAUCAAGAAGUGCCCUCUGAACUGGAUGAGGAAGACCGUGAAAGCAAAGACUUGAAUGCCCCAUUUCCACCAUUAAGAAAAGGGAGACUUGGCAUGCUGCAAUUGAGAUCUCAAAGAGCUUUAUUUAUGGACAGUCCCAAGCAGAACAAUAUAACCAUGGCUUUUGUUUUACCACAAGGAGAUAAACAGAACACAGGAAGAUACGCUAUUCUUAAACAGAAAUUCCAGACUAUAUGCGCCAGUGCCCUUCUGGGACUGGGAUUUUAUGAUUUGGGAUUCCAGCAUGACUUCUUCGACAGUUUAAUGCUUUGAGGCAGCCCCAGUGGGUGACAUAAAGU